AUGAGUGCUGCUCAGAGUCAAACCACACUGAAGUCGCUGCAGUGCCACUUCACCUGGGACCUGGACCGCAGAAGGUCAAUACUCUUACUUCUCAGUGACAAGAUGGAAGACAUCCGCACAGAGGAGGGAAACCGAUGGCUGGGCCACAUUUACAACCUGUGGGGGUUCAUUCAGUAUAAGCUGGGGUUCAAUGAAGAGGCUAAGAGUUUGUUCCAGAAGGCUGCAGAGAUCCUUAACCAGCUGAGAAAAGCAGAUGAGGGUCCUUGGUUAGUGGUGAACUACGGGAACCUGGCCUGGCUGCACCACCACCUGGGAGAUCAAGCAGAGUGUCAGGCUUACCUGUCAAAGGUUGAUGCCCUGAUGGAAAACUACCCAUCUCCAUCCCAGGUCGAGCACCAUCCAGAGAUCUACGCUGAAAAAGCCUGGACCCUGAUGUUCUUAAGAGGAGACAUGACACUGGUUGUUGAGUACUUUGAGAAAGCUACCAGGAUGCAGCCGGACAUGGUAGAGUGGAACACCAGCUAUGUCUUAGCAUCAGUCAAGAACACAAGUCUGGACCCUGACCUCUUGGAGAAAAUGAGACAAGCCAAGGAACAGGAUCCAAAGAACUUGUACCUCGCUGUUCUCUACCUUAAGCAACGUGCUGAUGAAGAAGAAAACAUUCGAGAUGAAGUCCGAGAGAUAGCCAGACAGGUUUUUGGAACUCCCGUCUGUAGCUACGAUUGUGUGAGAGAAUUAUUUAGGGUUUACCAUAAGCACUUAAGUGUGGAUGAGGCCAUUGUUUUGGCAGAAGAGGCUCUGCAAAGACAUCCAGAUCAGCGUUAUCUGAAGAGACGUGCUGCACACUCCUACAGAAACAAAAUUAUGCACACCAGGGGGUCCCCCCUAAGACUAGGCGUGAUGGACAGAGCCAUCAGUCUCCACGAGGAGGUGAUCUCUCUCUACCCUCACUCUUCACUCCUGGUGAAAGUUGACCUUGCAAUUAUCCAUGCAAAGUCCCGUCACGGCAUGGCCAGAGCUGAGCAGAUAUUUCAGGAGCUGCUGGAAAGUGAUCUGGAACCUGGAGACAAACAGGUGCUGUACAACAAAUACGCAAAGUUCUUAAACUUUCAGCUAAAUGAUAUCCCCAGGUCGAUACAGUAUCACAUGAAAGCAGCAGCAAUACCAGAAGAAUCCUACUUCCGUAAGGACAGCAUCCAAAUCCUGGAGAAGACUAAAGACAGAGGCAAAAUGUGCAGAGAAAUAGAGGAGUUUCUCAGAAACCUGCAAGAGCCAAGGCAGUAGAAACGGAGGCAAAUUUAGGGGGAACAAUUACGUCCAAGCUAAAUAAAACUACAGAUGCGUAAGUUGUAUUUAGUUAUUAGUACAUUUAUUCUGUUGUUUGACUUUUAACCCUAUUUGAAGAUUUGGUGUAGUUUGUUUUUCUCUGAUUGCUAGAUUGUGUUUUUUCUAGC